CCACUACUAACCAUGUGAAUACUCUCCAGUUGCGGGAUCAUCUCCAAGUUGUCUCCAAGUUCUACACUCCCCUAUGAUCCCCAACUAUCUUCAUAUCUCUUCAAAUAAAGGAGAAUAAUAGUACAACUGAAACGGGCACAGGAAACGACAAACACCAUCCAAAACGCAGGGCAUCGGGUAUCUGAUCGAGAACUCUACUCCCCCUCAAACCCUUGCACGUCGCAAAGCUGACUCGCUCGCUCUCAGCGACGGUGGACAUUCUCUUCUUCCAACCUCUUGAAUCCCAGCUUCUCCAUCUGCUCCGACAGCGCGAGCCACCACGCACGACCGCUUUGCUCUAGGCCGUAGAGUCCGGCAACGCCCAUCUUUCGGUCUAGUCCCAUGAGGAAUCUCACAUCCCCGGACAUAACCUCUUCGCCUGUCGCCUCGGGCCGUACCUCCCACUCGCUAGCGUCUUCGCUGAAACCUAGCAAGUGUUCUCUGAGACCUCUCGGCGUAUCGAAAGUCCCUUUACUAUGCCUGCGAGUUAAUGUAACUUUGCAGAUGGUACGAAACGGCUUGAACUUGUCGAUGUUCGACUUCCGCAUGCCAUACUGCUGCCUCGUCCCAGUACUCAUGCCCGAGGGCACAGUCGCUUGUCAACGAGCCUAUCAUCUCCCCUACGGUUCUAUUGGACCUCUCGGCUCCUCCGUUGAGCUGGGGAGUGUAAACUGGGGAAAGCUGUUCGAUGAUACUUCUUCGCUUGAGUACCUCAAGCGAAGAAGUAUCAUCGAACAGCUUUCCCCAGUUUACACUCCCCAGCUCAACGGAGUAGCCGAGAGGUUCAAUAGAACCGUGGGGGAGAUGAUAGGCUCGUUGACGAGUGACUGUGCCCUCGGGCAUGCGUACUGGGACGAGGCUGCAGUAUAG